ACAUAUUAACUGAAAGUAGCUGUGAUAGUGACCAGUACCAAAACUGCAGUAAGAUGAAGUGGAUGGUGUUAACCGUUGUUGUACUUCUUGCCCUUAGAAGAACUACUACACAACCCCUAGGAUCCUUAGGAACUUCAUUUUUUUUUUGGCAACAAUGAACAAAACAUUAUAGCCAAUUGUAUGAAAAAUGGACUAUCAAAAUCUGGAGCUGAUAAUCUACAGGUUACGUACGAUAAAAUGAACUCAUGUAUAUCCGGCGUAAGAUUAUUUGAAACUCCUAUGAAUGAAUUGAUUAGCAAAAUAGAAGAUUGCAGUCGUGACGCAAUUAAAGAAAGUAAAGCUUGUUUGGCUAAAAACCAAACUUAUUUCCCAGAAUACUUUUUGAGUUAUGCAAAAUCAAACGUUAAAUAUAUGUACGAUGACAAAGAUCUACUCAGUGAUUCAGAAAUUAUCUCAUGCCUAAAUAACGUUUGGAGAUACACAGUAAAAAUUGAGUAUGAUAGAUGCUUAACCACUGUAUAUCAAAAAACCGGAAUCAGUGGAAAUAUUCCUGACUCUCGACAAGAAUUUUGCAGAUACUACGUAUCAGCAGCUCAAUGUUACCCAGACACCAUUAAACCGUACUGUUCAAGUACUGCAAAUAUCAGCAAGUUCUUCAGCGACUACAUUAAUACUGUCAAAUCAGCAUGUCAAGAUUGAACUAAGCAGUGAAAGAAUCUAACUAAUUUUAAGUUCAGUCUCAAGUUAUAUGAUGAUUAUUUUAAAACACUUAAACGUUAAUAAAAACAAUUUUCUAUUA